CCACUGGUGAUGCCUGUCUCCCAUGAUGCCUCGCGGGCCGCCGAUAGUUGCCAGUCAUUCUGCGGAGCGACAAGAGAGGAGCCGGCAGCGCGAAUGAAGAACAAAUAAAAUAAUAAUAACAACAACAACAAUAUUUAUAAUUAUAAUAAGAAUUAUAAACGUUAUUUAACAGCCCACGCCCCAAGAUGAAGGAAACCACGGCGAAGCGACGGGAGAAACAGCGGGAAGCGAAGCCGGAGAAGCAGCCGGAGAAGGGCCCCGAGCCGCAGGACGUGGAGAUGCCGGAGGAAGACGCGUCGGCAGCGGGCAAGCCGCACAAAGAGCUCGAUACACUCACCCUGGAAGAUAUCAAGGAGCAUGUGAAGCAGAUCGAGAAGGCCGUGUCUGGGAAGGAGCCUCGCUUCGUGCUGCGGGCCCUGAGAGCGCUGCCCUCCACCAGCCGUCGUCUCAACCCUAACGUGCUGCACAAGGCCGUCUCCGGCUUCUUCACCUCCAACGCAGCGGGCAGGGAGUUCCUGCUGAGCUUCCUCGAGGAGCCGAUGGACACGGAGGGAGAGGUGCCGUUCCGCCCCAGGACCGGCAAGGCCGCCGCGGCUCCCCUCCUGCCGGAGGUGGAGGCUUACCUGCAGCUCCUCCUGGUGGUGUACCUGACAAACAACAAGCGCUACGCGGAGGCACAGAAGGUCUCAGACGAGCUUCUUCAGAAGAUCAGCUGUCAGAACCGCCGGGCCCUGGACCUGGUAGCGGCCAAGUGCUACUACUACCACUCGCGUGUCUACGAGUUCCUGAGCAAGCUGGACAUCGUGCGCAGUUUCCUUCAUGCCCGAUUGAGGACAGCCACUCUGCGCCACGACGCGGACGGCCAGGCCACGCUGCUGAACCUGUUGCUGCGGAAUUACCUGCAGUACAGCCUGUAUGACCAAGCCGAGAAGCUGGUCUCCAAGUCAGUGUUCCCAGAGCUGGCCAACAACAACGAGUGGGCUCGCUAUCUCUACUACACCGGUCGUAUCAAGGCGAUCCAGCUGGAGUACUCGGAGGCGCGGAGGACCCUCACUAACGCCCUGAGGAAAGCCCCCCAGCACACCGCCGUAGGGUUCAAACAGACUGUUCACAAGCUCCUGAUUGUGGUGGAGUUGCUUUUGGGGGAGAUUCCUGACAGGCUGCAGUUCAGACAGCCGUCUCUCAAGAGAUCUCUCAUGCCAUACUUCCUGCUCACCCAGGCUGUGCGGAUGGGAAACCUGGCCAAGUUCAACCAGGCCCUGGAGGAGUUUGGGGAGAAGUUCCAGACAGACGGGACCUACACUCUGAUCAUCCGCCUGAGACACAACGUCAUCAAGACAGGAGUCAGGAUGAUCAGCCUGUCUUAUUCUCGGAUCUCUCUCGCUGAUAUCGCACAGAAGCUGCAGCUGGACAGUCCGGAGGACGCAGAGUUCAUCGUGGCCAAGGCAAUCCGAGACGGCGUGAUCGAGGCCAGCAUCAACCACGAGAAGGGCUACGUGCAAUCCAAAGAGACCAUCGAUAUCUACGGGACGAGGGAGCCGCAGCUCGCCUUCCACCAGAGGAUCUCAUUCUGCCUGGACAUCCACAACAUGUCUGUCAAGGCUAUGCGGUUCCCACCCAAAUCAUACAACAAAGACCUGGAGUCUGCAGAGGAGCGACGGGAGCGAGAGCAGCAGGACCUGGAGUUUGCGAAGGAGAUGGCGGAGGAUGACGACGAUAGCUUCCCAUGAUCCUCCAGGAACGCCCCCCUGCACAGACACCCUUUUCACUCUCUCUCUCUCUCUCUCUCUCUCUCUCUCUCGAUCCCUUCUCAUUUUGGUUUGUUUGUUUAUCUUGUAAAGGGGUUGCAAAUCAGACUUGUGUUAAUGUCUGUAAACUAUAAAUGACUUACAUGACGUUGAAUCUGUGGUGUUGCCCUUUUGUUGAGCAGGGAUAAAGCAUUGCUACACGGUUGCUUAAAUUCAUUAAUAAAAUUGAUCUUUUCUAAGUGUAGGCUGCUGAUUAAAAAGGGAGCUUCUUUCUCGUAUGUAUUCUCUUCAUUCGUUUUCUAUAUAUAAGCAAACACACAGAUAUGCAUGCGCGCACACACACAGAUAGUGCCCCCUUGAUAUUAUUUUAUUCUUUCAUAAUUCACUAAUCCGGUUAAUUCACUGUCUGGUCUGACUGGUCUUGUUGACACAGUAAAUUGUCCUGCAUUUUACUGGUUAAGGGACCUUCUCUAAUUCACUGCUUUGAAUACUUAGUGUUUUUUAGAUAUGCAAGUCAGACAGUGAGAUAAAGACGGACAACCCAUACAGACAGACAGACAGACUACCAAUAAGGCAAUAUGCACAGGUAGAAGUAACCAGAUUUGAGCACUCACCCCUCUGGCAUGCUGAGGUACUAAAGGUUAGCCUUGCGGUUUGUUAUUGAAGCCAGACCUCUUCGUGCAGGACUGGGGAGGGAGCGGACUGUGCUGGGAGAGACUCUCACCGCUACCCCCCUCCCUGUGGCACGGCUCCAGUAUUGAUAAUUCAUCAUUGGUAUUGUGUGAACUGGGAGGCGUUGCCCAAUUGUAUCGUUAAACUAUUAAAUAAUGUUCUAUACACA